UUGCAAUCGUUUUAUUUACUGAAAAUCUGAAUCUCCUGCAUCAGCGCACCAGCCCUAUCAACAAGCUACACCGCUGCACAUGGUCCUUCGAAGAAAGAAGCGCUGCUGGGAGACGAAACUCCAGGUUUGCAAAAAAAUUUACGGCCGUGUCGCACGAGGCCAUUUUUUUUUUGUGAGCAUUGAGCAAGCAAACGGGCUCGCGAUUUCCUGAGACUGGUCGUCGCUACAAAAUCGCAAUACCUACACGAUUCGACGGCCACAAUUACAAGGUCCACAGGAGGAAGCCCAGCAUCAGCAUCGAUCUAAAAUUCGAUUUCACCGUCGUCGCCGGAGUCACCUCUGCAGGUGCGAAGAGUACACUUGGCAGCAAGAUAGGGUGUUCCGCGAGAGCAAGCGAGACGGAGCACAUCGAAAUUCUAAAGAUUCGCAUUUCAUCGCACGCCCGCACGCAACAAUAGGACAAUCGUACGGGCGCGAAAGAGACAGCAAGUGACGCCACAAAACUUCACAGCAGCAACAGGCGAGCUCGCGCAACCGCCAUUUUGUUGGGAAGAAUUGGAUCGCCGUCGCCGAUCAAUACUGUAAAAGUGUUUAAUAUAACAGUGAAUCUAAUCUUGUAAUACAUAGUUAAUAGUGUUCCUGUAAAGUUAUUAUUAAGUUAUAAACGUAAAGUACAGGUAAUAUUUGUUUUAAGAAUCGACAAGUUUAGCGAACAAUGGAAGACCUAAAGAAAAAAGUCGCCGCACGCGGUUAUGUGAAAGACAGUUACACUGCGAAGGCCUACCAACUUGACCGGGAUAUGAAUGCUAAGCCGCAAUUGGAGGAUUUUCUCAAUUACAUUGAGAACCGAGCCAACGCACUGGAGAAUGUCGAGCAGGGACAUCAACCCCAUCCUGGUAAUAGUAGCAGUAAGGUAGCAGCAGUCGCCACUACAGGAGCAACAUGCGCUUACUGUCAGCAUGGUGGCAAAUGCAGGUUUCACUUCCGGUGCUCAGAGUGCAAGAAGCCUCAUAACACUCUGCUUCACUGCAAUUUAAGUGAAACCCCACCAGCUGUCACCUUAUCAAACGCUAUUGCCCAACGAGCAGUGCAUGACCAUCAGCCUGCCCAGCCACAGCAACCAGUCAUCAGCUGUGCCCCGGAGUGCUGCUCAUCCACCACAACAGCCUAGUAGCACACAGCUACAUGUCUUCAACACAUACUUCGGGCACAUUGUAGGAGGGAAUCUGCCACCUAAGUGUUUCAGAAGGAGACUCGGCAGAUUUAAUCGGCUUUGCUGACGCUUCGAGUAAGACAGCCUACGGAUGCUGUGUGUACCUGCGAGUCACAGACCAAACAGACAAAAGGCCUUAGCAGCCAAGCAACUGAUGGGCUCCUUGCCGGCUGCACGUGUAACAGCCACCAGCAGGCCAUUUGAGAAAGUCGGCGUGGAUUUCGCUGGGCCAAUUGAUGUGAAACUCUCUCGCGUAAGACGAUCUUUAAUAGGUAAAGGGUAUAUCUGUGUAUUCGUAUGUUUCGCGACAAAAGCAGUUCACUUAGAACUUGCAUCAGAUUUGACCACGGAAACCUUUCUUGCGUGCUUAAGGAGAUUUAUCUCCAGACGAGGUUUGCCCACCGAAAUUCACUGCGACAAUGCAAGUACUUUUAAAAGUGCAAGGAGUCAAUUAGUUGAGCUCUACAAGCUGCAAGCUUCGCAGAGCCACCAAAUGCAGGUUCAAAGAUUUACCGCCGAGCGUGGGAUACAAUUUCACUUUAUACCAUGUUACUCACCUACAUUUGGCGGGCUCUGGGAAGCGGCAGUUAAGAGCACGAAGUUUCACUUAAAAAGAAUAUUACAAAAAACUGUUCUAACUUAUGAACAGCUUAAUACUGUAUUAACUGAAAUCGAAGCAGUGCUUAAUUCUAGGCCACUCUUACCUUUAUCUUCAAACUCUGAUGAUUAUUGUUAUUUAACACCUGGUCACUUUAUUAUAGGUAGUGCUUUGUCAAUGUAUCCUGAAAUAAAUGUAUGCAACAUUCCACAAAAUAGACUUAGGUUUUGGCAACUAUGUAAUUCUUUAAAACAAUCCUUUUGGAAAGUGUGGCACCAAUGUUAUUUAAAUUUAUUACAAAACAGGCCUAAGUGGCGUGAUACAGUUUGUAAUGUUAAGUUAGGCAACUUAGUUAUUUUAAAAGAGGACAAUAUUCCUCCUAUGUCAUGGCCAAUGGCACGAAUUGUUAAAUUAUUUCCAGGACAUGAUGGAAAAAUUAGGGCAGUUGAUGUUAGGACACCAAAUGGGAAAACCCAUACCCGUGCCAUCAAUAAAAUUUGUUUACUGCCAAUAGAAUAUGAUGAUAGUACUUAAGAAAUUGUAUUAAUGUUUAAUAAUAAGUCAUAUUUGUAAAACCAUAUAAGUUAUAGUUAUACUUCUGUGAGGCCGCAGCAUGUUGGAUUUUAUAAAUUGCAACAUUAGCUUAAUUUUUAUUAUAUUUUUGUACUGUGGCAACUUUUCUCUCUCUUGCUCUGCGACACGGACCGAAUAGACGUAUGUAAUUAUU